CGACUCACGACUCACUACUCUGGCAAGGGCAGAUCCGUCGAGCGCUCCCACCCAUCGGUUUGAGAGACUGGUCCAGGAGAUGACCAGGGCGCCAUGUGCCUUUUAUUACUCGUGAAUGAUCUGAAGUUUACCCUCGCACUAUGAGAACGUCGUCGUUCCAGCGGUUCCUCCCGCUGGCGCUCUUGCUGGUGCAGGCGCUUGCGAUCGACUCUAACGGCCAUCUCGACGAUGCGAAGGUGCUGGACGAUGUUACUGCCGAGCCGCUACAAGCUGGAGAUGGAUCAGGGUCGCGUGUGUACGAGCAGGCCGAUGCCUUGCCUGGAAGUGAGCUCGUUGAGUCUGCGCUUCGAACGCUCCGGGAGGCCAAGGUGGUUGCGGUCGUUCAGGCCGAGAAGCCAUCUGGCCUUCUGGGGAACGCCCUCUAUUAUGGAUACAAGGCCCUCCGGGUUUUGUUCCUGAACAACCCACACGCGAAAUCGACAGAACCGAAACUCGAUCCCCAGGUCGCCCGCGCGGUGCAGAAGCUUCGGACAGCAGCCGAAGAGGAUCUGAAUCCCGACGCGAUGUUUCUCCUGGCAGAGAUGAACUUUUACGGCAACUUCACCCAUCCGAGGGACUUCAGACAGGCGUUUGAAUGGUACGACAUGCUGGCUGCUUUGGAGGGGAACAGCACUGCCCAGUAUAUGUUGGGUUUCAUGUACGCCACGGGGAUUGGCGACGCGGUGGAGCGAGACCAGGCCAAGUCCCUGAUGUACCAUACCUUUGCGGCGGAGGGAGGCAACACCCGGUCGGAGAUGACGCUGGCGUAUCGCAACCAUGCCGGGAUCGGGACGUCGAGGAAUUGCGACCACGCGACUUACUACUACAAGAAGGUGGCGGACAAGGCGAUCGAGUAUUACCGGUCGGGACCCCCCGGUGGCCACGGUAUGAUCCGUGAGUCGUACCGCUGGGCGGAUGAGGAAGGAGGUGUCUAUGGCGAAGGGGCCAGCGUCUCCAGUGCAGGGCCGAAUGCAUUGCGCGACGCUGCACAGGCCGGGGCCGAUGCGAGCCUGGAGGAUGUCUUGGAAUUCUUCGAUCUGAUGUCCCGCAAGGGAAAUGUCGAAGCCACCUUUGGUCUGGCCAAGAUACACUAUGAAGGAGCCCGCACGAUGCCGCGGAACUUCCGCAAAGCCAUGAAGUAUUUCAAGCAAAUCACAAAACGGUACUGGAACAAGGACGGCUCCGUCAACCCAAACCAUCCUCAAAAUAUCGAGAAACUGGCUUCCAAGGCUGCCGGUCAUAUUGGUGUCAUGUACCUGCGCGGCGAAGGGGUGGAACAGAACUUUGCCACGGCCAUGACGUGGUUUAAACGCGGGCUGCGGAACGGCGAUGCCCUGUGCCAACACGAAAUCGGACUGAUGUACCUCCACGGAUACGGCGUCCCCCAGGAUGCAUACAAGGCCUCGUCCUACUUCAGGGCUGCUGCUGACCAAGGCUAUCCCGCGGCCGAGACUCGGCUGGGCGCUCUGUUCCUCGACCAGGGAGAUGUGGCGACAGCCACCCGGUACUUUGAGUUGGCUGCGCGAUUGGGCUGGAUGGAGGCAUUUUACUACCUUGCCGAGCUUUCGAACAACGGGAUCGGACGCGAGCGCCACUGUGGCAUCGCUGCAUCCUACUACAAGAUGGUCGCCGAGCGGGCGGAGAUGAUCCAUUCUUCUAUCAUCGAGGCAAACGAUGCAUACGAGCGGGGUGAUCGGGAGAGGGCCCUGAUCCCCGCCAUGAUGGCGGCCGAGCAAGGCUACGAACACGCCCAGGCGAACGUGGCGUACCUGUUGGAUGACCAGCGGUCGUUGCUGUCCCUAGACUCCCUCCUGCCCUGGGCCAGCGAACCGAAGCCCAGUCUGCUACGCAAUGCAGCCUUGGCGCUGAUCUACUGGACUCGCUCCUCGAAACAGGCCAACAUCGACUCGCUGGUCAAGAUGGGCGACUAUUACCUCGCCGGAAAUGGCGCUAUGGUGGACACUGAGAAGGCUUCCACCUGCUACCACACGGCCGCAGAGGCUCACCACAGCGCCCAGGCCUACUGGAAUCUGGGCUGGAUGCACGAAAAUGGCAUCGCUGUGGAGCAAGACUUCCACAUGGCAAAACGAUACUACGACCUGGCUUUGGCCACCAAUACCGAAGCGUAUCUCCCUGUGAAACUGAGCCUAAUCAAAUUGCGACUGCGGAGCUUCUGGAACACAAUCACCCAUGGGAAAGCCAACUCGAUUCAAGAAGAUGAAGAACCACGACCACGCCGGACUUUCAAGGAAUGGAUCAUCGCUUUCAUCGAAAACACCGAGGAAGAGGAAGCCAACUACCGUGCCCAGCUGGCGAGGCAGCGUGGGGACGAUGGUGACGAGGAAGGCUUGUUGGGCGCCGGGGAUAGUCACCAGGAUGGCUACUACGAUGAUCUGGAGCUCGACAUUGACGAAAGCCUACUGGAAGGCCUGAUCAUCGUCACCCUUGCGGCGACCCUCCUGGUACUGAUCUAUCUCAGACAGCAAAGAAACCGACCCGGUGCAAAUAACAACAACAACAACAAUAAUAACAAUGCUGGCGGCGUAGGGGCUGCGAACGCGAACCCCCCGGCGGCUGCAAAUGCUGCCAACGAUCGGGGAUUCUUUCCUCAGCCUGGCGAGCCGGAGUUUGCGCAAUGGGUGGCCGGUGGUGUCGGUCAUUGAGGUUCUGGUUCUUUUUUUUUUUUUU